GGCUGGGGUUAAUUAUCAUGAUCUGUGGUGUCUAAAAUCACAUGUCCUCUUCUGUUAAGUGUAGGUAUUUGCUUAUUUGUAAAUAGGGCAGGUCUCCUGUAUAAAGACAGUGUUUGUAUUCACACCCAAUGAACAAACACCUCCACCCACUGUUGUUGUUUAAAAAACUCCAGCUGCUCAUGAAUAUAGGGUCAGAGAGGGCCGCCUAAAUGUUUCUCUGUGCUUUCUCUCCAGCACAGCCAGCAGAGCUGUUUCCUGUUCUUUGUUUCAAGGCUGGGGUUUGCGUCAUACAUUCCAAGUGGCAUAUGUGUGCUCUUUCCUGUUUCAGGCUGUUUUUUUAAGUAGACCAGUAGCCCAGUCCAGGCCCCUUGUCACUGCCCUGCAACUCCCAGUCCCCACCCAGUGAGUUAUCAUGUCUCUACACACACAUGAUUGCUUAAGUUGCCUGUGUUAUGUCAGCAUGAGAAGUCUGAGUUAACCUUUUAACACACCCUCUGCUCCAGUAUAUUUACAUGGGUGAAUAAUGAGUUUCAUUCCCUUUUCUAAAAACUUGUUUGACUCUUUAAAAAAAAAUUGAAUCUGAGUUCUCCUCUCACCUGUGCCAAUGUAAGUCUGGAAUAAUUCCAUUAAAGUCAAUGGAGUUGCAGUGGUGUAAUACCAGUGCAAGUGAGAAGAGAAUCCAGCCCUGUAUAUUCAUUUAUGUGAAAACCUAUUGGCUUCUCCCCACAUCUGUUCUGAAGAUACCACCAUGAUCAUUUUCUGUUCCAGUUUUGAUCAAGAUUAGAAUUGUACCAUUUUUUUCGAAGAGAGGAAAUAUCGUACUGUUACAUGAAUUCAAGGAUCCGUACUCUUCCAGAUUUAAUGCAGGAAAAUGAGAGACUAACAGCUUUCUUUGGAUUAAAUGGAAAUACAAAUUGUAAGAAUUAUUUCAAGUGAACACACAAGCUAAUAAUUUUGUCCAGGACGACACAGGCAUCAGAAGAUUUCACUGAAAAGAUGCUAAUGUUUGACCCAGUCCCUAUCAAGCAAGAAGCCAUGGAACCUAUUUCAGUGUCAUACCAGUCCAAUUACAUGGACCAAAUGAAGCCAAACAAAUACAGUGUCAUUUAUCCUACCCCAAAUAUGUUGCACAAUAAAUUCUAUCAACCCCCAGAAGGACUAUCUAAUGGAAUCCAAAUGGAGCCAGUUGACCUUACAGUGAAUAAACGAAGCUCACCACAUUCAGCUGGAAGUUCUCCUUCUCCUCUGAAAUUUCAGACUAUACAUAGAAGAGCCUCACCUGGAUUAACUUUGUCCUCACCCAGCCCACCUAUGAAAAAAUUCACCCCACCACCUCCCCCAGGAGUUCAACCUUUUUCCAUGCCAUUAACAAUCCCUCCAGUAAUGGCUGCUCUUUCACGCCCUGGACUUAGGAGCCCUGGAAUACUUCCAAUUAUACAGCCACUGGUGGUCCAGCCUGUUCCUUUUAUGUAUGCUCCACAUCUCCAGCAACCUAUAAUGGUGUCUACUGUUCUUCCAGAAGAGUUGGAAAAUCCAAGUAGCAUGCCAGUGCCUGUAAUUGAAUCUUAUGAGAAGCCCACAUUAAAGAAAACAAUCAAAGUAGAACCAGGAAUUGAAUCGCCAAGGACCGAGUUCUAUCCUGAACAAAUGUCUCCUCCAAUGAUGACCUCCUUGUCUCCUCAGCAAAUAAUGUUGCAAGAGAAUCACCCUUCAGUAAUAGUUCAGCCGGGAAAGAGGCCUUUACCUGUGGAAUCUCCAGACACACAAAGGAAACGCAGAAUACACAGGUGUGAUUAUGAAGGUUGCAACAAGGUCUAUACUAAAAGCUCCCACCUAAAAGCUCACAGAAGAACGCAUACAGGUGAAAAGCCAUACAAGUGCACCUGGGAGGGAUGCACAUGGAAGUUUGCUCGUUCUGAUGAACUAACACGACAUUUCCGUAAACAUACCGGAAUCAAACCCUUCCAGUGCCCGGACUGUGACCGUAGUUUCUCACGCUCGGACCAUCUUGCUCUCCACAGGAAACGCCAUAUGCUAGUCUGAAUGUCUCUUGUCCCUCAACUGCCCAUCACACUUCCUUUUUUACGUGUGCAUUUUAAUUUGGAUUCAGCUGGUCUGAAUCUCUGCGCUUACACAAUUAAAAACUUCCAUAUGGUCAGUAAUAGAUGUUAUCUAACCCUGCUAUUUCCUUGCCACGGGUCAGACCUAAAGAAUGUGAACAUUUUUUUUUCUAGGGAUGCUAAGCAAACCCUUCCUACAGACAGUAUGUGUAAUGUAUUCCUUUGUGAAUAAGGGAAUUUGUAAACUAGCAACUUUGUUAGUUUUGCCAUAUAAUCAGCCAGCAUAAAUUGAUCAACUAGUAAAUGUUAUUGAAUAUCCAGUCCUUGCCAGAGACUUUAUUUACGAGCCCUGCAAAGGAUACUCUCCUUUUUGCUCAACAGUGCAAUGAAUGGACUUUCCAACAUUGCUGGUUACAGCAGCAUGUUUAAAGCAACACUUUUAGAAAGACACCUUCUCACUGUAGAAAUCCCCUCUGCCAAGACAGUGAAUGACACUGUAAUAACUAACUAAGUAAAUGAAAGAUUAAGUGAUAGCUGAUUUGGUCUAAAUGAAUAGUAGUAUUUGAAGAAUCAGCAGCAGAAAUUGGUGUAUACACAUGAUUGUGCCUCUAAACCAACUUCACCUAUCUUUUGUAUUAUACUGUAGUACAUGAGCUUGUGUUUAUUGCAUGAUGCCUCGGUAGAUUCCUUAAGUGUGUGAUUCCUGUGUGACACUCUGUUUUGUGUGCAGCCGUAUAGGUGGAACACACGGUACUCCUAUGACAUGACAUGAAAUGAUUUUCACAGAGACCUACCAUACCUCAUUUCAGGGGUAAAGAUGUAUCCCUCAAUAAUCACUCCCCUGUAUUUCCUGUUCUUUAAAAACAUCAUACCUCAGAAGCAGCAGUUGUCAUAUCAAAAUGCUCAAAACUGUACCAUUGGUGGAAGUGAGUGCCAAUUUGAUACACUACAGUAUUUAAAUUUUAGUUCACACGAAUUUUUUGAUGGCAAAAGACUAAAUGGCAUCCAAUAGGAAGCUGUGAGAAACUGAGUUGUGUAAAUGUCUCAAACGAAGAGAGUAGGCUUGAUAAGCCAUUUAAUGACUGAUUUGAUUUGUGGUUCUGUUGGUUUCUUGAUGCUAGGUGGACCAAGAGAUCCAAUGGAUGUGCUUGUCGUAUUAACAAAUUGAGUCAGAAAGGUUCAACUCCCAAUUUCAGUUAACAAAAUAAAAUAAAUACCCAAGUAAAACAACCUAAAGUUUGGUGCUAAAUCUGUUCCAGAACUUUGGAGGUGUUAAUUGCAUUAAAAGGGAAGUUCCUGCAUUUAUUAGUUGGCUGCUUUUGUGACACCACAAGGAAACAAGAUGUAUUUGUCUAGACUGUUAUACCCCACAAUGUUUUUUGUUCAGUUCAUCAUGCAAAUCAGGCAUAGUUCCUGCAAUAUGAAAAUAUCACAGUCAAAUUUUCACCUAAUGGAAAAACCCAUUGGAAAGGAAAAUAUCUGCAUGCUGCCCUCUAUGGGAAGGAAUUUGAGACCCUGUGACACAGGAAGUGUUCAUGACCCUAUACACUGUGGACACCUGGAAAAUCCUGCAUAUCCAAGAGUUGCUGUGCCAGUUUACUCUCCUGGCAGUGUGGUUCACAUCUACCUGAUAUCCACAGCUGCUCCCCUCUGUCAGCAAAACUGGCAGGAAGGGGAGCAUCUCUAGUAGUAUAAAGAUAGGCCAAUGUAUAGAUAUUUGGGAGGGUAAAGAAUAAAAUUAGACCUUACAGCUAUCUGAACUUUAACACCAAGUGUCCAUGAGCAGGUUUCAGGGAUUCCCCCAAGCAGGGCAUUAGACUCGCUGAGGCCCAGACCAGAAAGCUGAAGCUCCACUGCAUGGGGCUGAAGCCCGAGACCUUAAUCCCCACCACCC